AUGCUCUACGAACUCGUAGGAAUAGUACGACCCGGCAACCUCGCCGAGGUCAAAGAAAUCGCCCUAACCUGCGGCCAAAUCGUCCUCCGCCAAGGCGGCGUAAUCCGCGGCCUCGCCAACCUCGGCGUCUUCUCCCUCCCCUCCCCCGUCACGCGACACCAGAUGAAGCACAAAGAAGGCCACUACUUCGUCAUGCGGUACGAUGCCUCCGCCGCCGCCCACGACGGCGUCAGGGCUACCAUGAGGCUGGAUCCUAGGGUCGUCAGGGCCGCGCACGUCAAGUUGGGCGAUGGCACCUUGGCGAGUUUGGCCAAGUUUGGGCCCGUGAAGUGGAAUACUGCGGCGUGA